AAAAUCCUACUCGAAACGUUCAGACCACAGGUGGACCCAAGAGGGGCUGCCUCUGCCCUCCUAGACCCUCUCUGGUCUUGUCAUACUGCUCACCUAGCUUGAUCCUCUCCACAGCCUUCGGAAUCGGCGCCAUCGCGUCUACAGUGACCCGGAAGUGAAAGGUAGUCUAGUAUUUGAUACCAGCCGAAGGGCGGGGUGGGACAGGGAAGGCGGCCAUUUUUGUUAGGGGCAGAAGCCUCCCAUUACGGAGUACGAGAGGGUCCAUGAAGGUCCCCGCGACUCCUGGACUGGAGAAAACGGCUCUUGGAAUGGGGCGAAGUCCGAGCUACGGUGGGCGUUGGUCCGUGCGGGAAAGUGGGAAUCGCUAGGUUCGUUCCGGACCCGCCGCUCAUGGCUCAGGCGUCUCGCUCUGGUAGCCUGCCUCCACUUGUUAUCGUGCCCCCGCUGAAGGCGCAACCCGGGGGCACUGGGGAGGAGCAGCGGGAGAGAAGGCCAACGGGCGCUCUUCGCGGGGAGGUUCACGGUUGGCCGGGCGGAACUUCUGGAGGGACGCCGUGGUGGCCGACGCCGGCGGGUGUGAGCGAGGACUAUGAGGCUGAUGCUGCGGCCUGGAGGCGAGGGCCCGCAGGUGGCGGCCCGAUCCCUCCCGCGCUGCAGCGUCUCCGGGCCGUGUUGCUGCGGCUGCAUCGCGAGCGGGAGCAGCUCCUCCAGGCCCGAAACUGCGCCUGCCACCUACAGGCGGCUGUGCGCCUCAUGAAGACCCUGAGUCCUGGCUCGCCAUCCGGCGGCCCUAGCCCCUUGCCCCAGUGGUGCCGCGACCUGCAGCUGCACCCUUCCCAAGGGGCAGUCCUGCGAAUCGGCCUUGGGGAGACUCUCGAGCCGUUGCUGCUAGCGCGCCCCAUCGGACUAGCCGCCCAGUGCCUGGAGGCUGUCAUUGAGAUGCAGCUUCGCGCUCUCGGCCGGGAGCCUGCCAGCCCAGGCCUGUCAUCCCAACUUGCCGAACUUCUCCUGGCACUUCCCGCCUAUCACACGCUACAGGGAAAAACCUUGAGCCACGUCCCGGGGGCUGCACGUCCUUUCCCCACGUCCCGUGUGCUCCGCCUCUUGACGGGGGAGCGGGGUUGCCAGGUGGCAAGUCGGCUGGACGAGGCGCUCCGGGGAUCGGGAUUGAAAGACCAGCUCCGCAGGCGGUGCCAUGAGGAGCGGGAUCUGCUACCAGGGCUGCUGGGCCUGGUAGGGGGCGUGGCAGGUUCAGCCAGCUGUGGACUACGGCUUGGAGGGGCUGGAGCCUUGUGGAGCCAAUAUUGGACCCUGCUGUGGGCAGCCUGUGCUCAGAGUCUGGACCUAAAUUUGGGACCCUGGAGGGACCUCAGGGCAACAGCGCAACAGCUGAGUCAGGCACUGGGUCAGGCAUCCCUGCCUCAGGAGUGUGAGAAGGAGCUGGCUUCUUUGUGUCACAGCUUACUUCAUCAGUCGCUUAUCUGGAACUGGGACCAAGGUUUCUGCCAGGCCUUGGGAUCAGCUCUUGGGGGUCAGAGCAGCCUUCCCACAUCCUCUCGCACUGCUGAACUUUUGCAGCAGCUCUUUCCUCCUCUCUUGGAUGCCCUUCGAGAGCCCAGGUUACGACUGAUUUUCUGCCAGCCUGCAGAUCCUGCGCCUGUCGCCCUAGGUCUCUGUACCCUGCAGACCACCUUGCUUUGGUUCCUGGGCAGAGCUCAGCAGUACUUGGCAGCAUGGGACCCAGCUUCCUUCCUGCUCCUGAUCCAAAAGGACUUACCUCCUCUAUUGCAUGAGGCAGAAGCUUUGUCUAGCCUGGCCUCAGAGGAAAGCUUAGCUCUGGAAGUGGAGCAGCAGCUGGGCCUGGAGAUCCAGAAGCUGACUGCACAGAUCCAGCUCCUGCCUGAAGAGUCACUAAGUCUCUUUUCUCAAGAAUGUCAUAAACAAGCCAUGCAAGGUUUCAAGCUCUACAUGCCACGGGGUCGGUACUGGCGGCUUCAUCUCUGUCCUGAACUUCCCAGUGCUCCUAGUGAGUAUGCUGGUUUAGUGGUCCGUACCGUACUGGAGCCUGUGUUACAAGGAUUGCAAGGGUUGCCACCCCAAGCCCAGGCCCCUGCCCUUGGUCAGGCACUGACAGCCAUCGUGGGUGCCUGGCUCGACCACAUUCUUACCCAUGGGAUUCGGUUCAGCCUGCAGGGAGCGCUGCAGCUCAGACAAGACUUUGGAGUGGUCAGGGAGUUGCUGGAAGAGGAGCAGUGGAGCCUGACCCCUGAUCUCCGCCAGACGCUGCUUAUGCUCAGCAUCUUCCAGCAGCUGGAUGGAGCCCUGCUGUGUCUGUUGCAGCAGCCCUUGCCCAAGUCUCAAGUCCACAGGAGGCCCCCCUGUUGCUGUGCUUGUCAGGAGGUCCAGACUACGGAAUUGCCCAGCAGCUGCCUCAAUAGCCUGGAGAGCUUGGAGCCCCCUCUCCAGCCUGGAACAUCUCCAGCCCAGACAGCUCAGCUGCAAAACACACUAGAGGGAGGGGGACCUAGCCCAGAGGGCUACCUAGUGGGAAAUCAGCAGGCCUGGCUUGCCCUCAGGCAACACCAGCGACCCCGUUGGCACCUGCCAUUUUUUUCCUGCCUGCGAACUAGUCCUGAAUCCUAAGGAGCCUGGGACCAGGAGCCAGAAAGUU